AGAUAUUUCGGCGUGCCUUAUAAAACCGUCGUGCGAAGCACCGGAGCAUCUCCCACAAGUGACCUUUUUCCGCCGGACUUUUCAGACGCAACCGCCACCGCCACCGCCGAUGUCCAGCUCCUCCGACGCUUCCCUUGAAACUCCGAUACUUGAUUCUGAGUUCGAAUCGCUGCUGCAGCGGAUUACGGAGGAAGGCGGUUACGCCUUCGCCGCGAUGGCUGCUCGGGCCGGGGGAGGAGACCAUCGCGCGGCGGAGGCGGCGAGGGAGAUGGCGUGGGAGCAGCUGCACUCUGGGCCGUGGAACUCGGUGGUUCCGAUUUGGAGAGAUGCGUAUGCAGUGGCGUGUCUUCAGGUGGCGAAGUACCAUUACGCGUCGGGAGAGUUUAAGCUUGCUCUCAGGGCGCUGGACAUGGGGCUUAUUAUGGGUGGAUUGACUCUGAGGGAGGACUUGAAUUUGUGCAUUGGGAAAGCUAGUGCUGCUUUGAGGGGGAAGGAGGUCAGUGAUAAUGGCGGAGGGUUGCAGAAGUGCGACUUUUAUAGAGAUUUCAACUUGGCGGAGGUGAUUAAGUCAUUGCCUCUCAAGUCACUUUCUUGCAAUACAGUUGAAAAAAAAAGUGGCCUUUCCUUGGAAGCAUUCUUGACCGAACAUUUUGUUUCUGGCUCACCGGUUAUAAUUAGUGAUUGUAUGAACCAUUGGCCUGCUAAGGAUAGAUGGAAUGAUAUGAAUUACCUUGAAAGAGUAGCCGGCUUUCGCACGGUUCCAGUUGAGAUUGGUAAAAACUAUCUAUCUUCUGAUUGGAAGCAAGAGCUACUCACAUUUUCCGAGUUCCUAGAGAGGAUGAAAUUUGGUAACUGUUAUUCUACCAGCCUGACAUAUCUAGCGCAACACCAAUUGUUUGAUCAGAUACAAGAACUUAAGCAGGAUAUUGUUAUCCCUGACUACUGUUAUGCUGGUGGUGGGGAGAUCCAAUCAUUGAAUGCUUGGUUCGGUCCACCGGGGACAGUGACGCCAUUGCAUCAUGACCCGCACCAUAACAUACUCGCGCAGGUUGUUGGGAAAAAAUACAUUCGGCUCUACCCUGCCUCAUUGUCUGAAGAGCUGUAUCCUCAUUCUGAAUCAAUGCUUUCCAAUUCCAGUCAGGUUGAUCUGGACAACAUAGAUGAGGAACAGUUCCCUAAAAUAAUGGACUUGGAAUUUGUGGACUGCAUACUUGAGGAAGGAGAAAUGCUUUACAUCCCUCCCAAAUGGUGGCACUAUGUGAGGUCUCUUACUCCCAGUUUUUCGGUUAGCUUUUGGUGGAGUGAGAGUGACCAAGCUAACUCAUCUCACCCCUCCUAAUCCCCAGCUCUCUAUAUAUAUUUGUUAUAUUUUGAGUAGGCAGGCUUUGGGAGCUGCCUGUUAGACAUUUUUAGAUAUUAUGAACAGCAUUCUUGUAGUGUGGGAGGGAGGUGCCCUCUGCACCCCACCUCCUCCUCCUCCUCCUCCUAUAUUAUUGUUAUUAUUAUUCCAAUCAGUCAGUAUUGUAUUGUCA